UUUUUGGAUACUGCUUAAGAUGCAGCUGAAGAUUUUUGAAUUUGGAGUGUCGUACUUGAAGAAUUACAUAAUUACAUUGUAAUGAGAAAGACAGUGAAUUGUGAACAGCCUUUGUAGAUUUCCAAAGGCAAAAAAGUGAAGAAGGCAUAAGAUCGUUACAUUUUCGUGUAUUUUAAGAAAUUGAAUUCUGUCUGAAAAAUGUCAAAUAUUGUAAAGACUGUAUAGGAUACAAAGACAUCAAAUACUAUGAAGACAGUAACGUGUACAAGUGACGUUUAAUGGAAAAUGUUCUGCGAAAUACAGUAUUAAGCCUGAUAAAAGAGUACUUGUAACUAGUAAGUUCAAUGUAUGAAAAAAUAUAUAGUUGUAUCAAUCUUAAACACAGUAUCUCUUGUAACAGGAAUUAUCAUAUGUAUAUGUAGUGGUGCAAAAGAAAAAGCACUUACAUUAGAAAUAAGUAGUUUAACAGUUACUAACACAUGCUGACGAUGGAUUUAUCGAUGCACACACACGUUUUAAUAUACUCAUGAUUAUAAAUACUUAUUACACACUACAAAAUAGCGGUAUCCCUUAUUAUUCAUAUAAUGCAAUUUUAAUACAAUUUUUGCACGGCGACGUCUCUUUAGAUUUCAUAAAUUCAUCUUUAAUAGAGCAAUAAAUAUUCAUAUCGAAUUUUAUAAGCGCAGAAUCGCUACGACGCAGUUCAGUAUCGUUAAAACAUAACUCGACAAGUACGAUCAAGAAUAAAUGUAUUAUUCAUAGUAGAGUAUUUGAAAAUCCGGAAGAGAAUAUUUAAAAAACAACGAAACAUUGUCACCCUGCGUUUGAGGUGAAGUUUGAAGAAUCAUCAAACUCGUCGCACAAAAAGAAAAAUUACAAAAGCUGUAGAAUUAUGGAAGGACAGAUCGUGUGUUAAUUGUCAUCGUAAAAUCUGAAAUCCGAAAAUAAAAAUGGAUUCUAACGUAGAGGAAACGGAAUUGGACGUCGGAUCAGCGAGCGACGAACUGGAAUCUUCGAUCGGAGAAUCGAAGUUACCGCGGCGACCAACGCCAAAACCCUUUACGAUCGAGAGUUUGAUCGGUAAUUGUGGUACACAGAAAGGAAGCUGCGAACCAGGAACACAAGGAGAGAAGACGAAUGAAAAUGAAGAGGAUUCUGAUCGAGAUAGGGAAUAUCUUUAUCAGAGACACUACUUGGCGACCGCAGCUGCCAGCGCACUACCUCCUGGUUUUGGAGUGCCACUUGGAUUGUACGGUGCAUGGCUACCAAUGCGGAUGUACGGCAGCGGCGGCGCUUCCGGUGUUCCAAUGUUACCGGCGCAUACCUCUGCCAGUUAUCCGUCUCACCAGGAUCUAUAUCAGAAUCGGUUGUCGCAGCAUCUUGGUCCAGGAACGAAUCAUCUCCAAGGUGCGGCUUAUCCGACCGCUUGUCAGCGUGGCUUGAAUCAUCGUGGCUCGACCAGCUUCACAGAUAGCGAGGACGAUGGUAGUAUCGAUUCACCGGCAUCACCUGCUCACGAUCUUUCUAAAUCGAGACAUGGUUCAGAAAAUGGUCGCGCUUCGGCGGACAGCGAGGACGAGGGCGGAGGAUUGAGCGUCGCUGGUGAGGGCCACGACGCAACCGAUACGAUGUCCAGCAACGCAUCCAGCAACGUUAGUCCCGGGGGAUCCUUAGAAAACGGUCAAAGCACGUCAACAAGCGGAUCCAAUAACAAUAAAGCCAGACGCAGACGAACAGCCUUCACUUCUGAACAGCUACUAGAACUCGAACGAGAAUUUCACGCGAAGAAAUAUCUCAGUCUAACCGAAAGAUCGCAUAUCGCUCACGCUCUAAAAUUAUCAGAGGUUCAGGUGAAGAUCUGGUUCCAAAAUCGGAGAGCCAAAUGGAAAAGGGUGAAAGCAGGAUUGAGCGGCGGAGGGGUUGGGUCUAAUGCAAGCAACAUGGCCACUGCUGGUACAUCCAAUAGACAUAAUGGAGUAGCUGGACAACAUUCUGGAAAUGGUACCAGGAUCGUCGUGCCCAUUCCAGUGCACGUUAGUCGAUUGGCGGUGAGAUCUCACCACCAUCAUUUGGAGAAAUGCGCCAGGCCGCCUAGAGUUAGGCCAACGACGGAUAGUCCUACGUCCAGCGCCUCGUCGUCGGUACUCGGAGACGCUCUUGGAUUGGUCAAUUCGUCCAUCAACUUGAGCGGACAAGUGCAAAGUCCUCUGAGCAGCGGAGUUGGAAUCGGAGUCGGUGUUGGACUAAGAGCGUUUACGGUACCCUCUCAUCGAGGAGGACUCAGCUCUUCCGGCAGGUAGUGAAAGCUACGAAGUGAACUGUGAACGCGGGACUAAUUGUAGAUUCGUGGUGAGAAUUGUAAUCUUUGAGUAUUUAUGAGAAAGUUUAGUGAUGAAAGAAGUGAGUUUUUGGAACAGAUGGAUGGUGUAGGUGGAUAUUUCAUAACGAUGGGUGAUAUUUGUGGAAUUGUAUGGUGGUCUGGUAUCAUUGUGUGAAGGUGAGUGGUGAGAAGGUAAAGAUUCACUAGUAGUGGGAAAUUUAAAAGUAAAACUGCCGACGGUUUAUAAUUCGUUGUUCAAAUAACUUGUAUGUACCAUUCUUACAAAUGUGGUAUAUAAUAGUAGUUCCUUAACAGCAAGAUGCUAUUUAGCUACAAUGUUUUAUCUUUAACAGUUUUCAAUUUUAGAUAUCUACUAAAUACGAGAUUCAAAAUUGAGGUGGGAAUUUAUAUUACAAAUUAUGACUUAUAUUUUUACAUCUAAUCAUCUCUCUAGAUCAUCUUUCUCUCAUCACUCAAUUUCUGUAUCAUGAUCCAUCAAGUCAUCUCAAAAUCGUCUGAUUUUCUAUCAUAUCCAACGACAACAAUAAAUUGAUCAACUUGUAAAUAUACAUACCUAUGUUAACAGGGAAGAAUUAUGUAAAUAGCUUUCGCACAGACUGUAUAUCCCGUAUACGGACCGUAGAUCGUACUUGUAGAUAAUUUCUUUAAGUUUAAGCAAACCUCUGCUCCAUCCCAGAAGCACUGUUACAACGAUAUCGAUAUUGAUCGAGCGUGCGAUUGCCGCAGCUGCAUCAGGGAUACGGAGCGGAAGAACAGCAAA